GUGAAUCAGAUAGCGGUUGCGCAAUUCACCAGACCGAAGCGUCGUCACCGCGUACAAGUAUGCCGCCAUCUUUUGCACCUCCGUGCUAAGCGUAGCUCUUUUCACAUCACUACCUGUAAUCAAAGUGCUUGCUAGUGAAUGCGAAUGCAAUACCCACAGCUUGCCUCAAGCUCGCGUACUUCGUGCAUUCCAGUAGGACGUGCAUUUCGUCUUCCACGUCUCCACUCCUGCACAGCCUACACACCCGUUGUGCCCUGGCACGGUACUGGCCCCCCGCCUUGGCGCCCUCUUCUGCCUUGCCUCGCCCUGUUUGUGCCCCUGCUUGCCACACUGUCGCCCGGCCAUUGCUUUGCUGCAUUCCGUUUGCAUAUUCUCUGCGGUUUCCUCUCGUGCUCAUCCGUGGACGCUGGUCACCUUCCUGCAGGUGUGCGAUGCGGCUCUGCCUCGCGAGUGUGGCGUUGCGGUGUGUCUGUGUGGUGCUAUCGCGGUAUCGCCUGGCCGGGCGCCCGGAGCGUGAGGAAUGCGCGUCAGCAAACUUCCAGCCAGCCAGCAACGCGUCGGUACAGUAACUCCGGCGUGCGACCAGCCGCGCACUCCUGCCCUGCCGUUGCAAAUUGUGUGCCAUCUGUUGGGUUCUGGGAAUUACGGUAGCUGCACCCUACGGGACUUUACCAACCUGCCUUGCCACGCACGCCCCCCGCUAGUACUAAGCCUUUGUGCCCAGCUAGUACUAAGCCUUUGUGCCCAGCUCCGAUACGGUAUCGGGGUGAAGCCAUGAAGCCGCAGAGUCUGACGCCAGCGAACAUUGCUGAUACUCUAUUAACCCUAAAGCACCGCUCCGUUGAUCAUUGCCCGCAGACGCUGCUGCAGCUGCCGGACCUGGACGCGGCGCGGCAGCUGGCACUGGAGCAGCCGGGCCUGAUGUCGCUGCCGCCCGACACGGCGGAGAGGAAGCUGGCGGUCAUUGCGGCGGCGCUGCAGCGGGUGCCGCUGCCGGCCGCGCCGCCCGCCAGCGGCAGCGGGACAGUCGGCACCAGUAGUAACGGCGCCGGCAGCAGCGGCAGUGGCGACAGUGGUGUACAAAUGGCAGGGAAAACCAGUCGCAAGAGCAUCCGCAAGCGCGAGCCGGAGUCUGACGCGGAUGGCGCGAGCGCCAGCGGCAGUGCCGGGGGCCGGCCUGGCGAAAGCCGUGUGGGGCAGGAUGGCAUAACCUGGAGCAACGUCCCCUCCAGUGCUGACACCCCCAACGGGAGAGCGCAGGCCGACACGCAAGCGGCUCUGGCGGAAGCGCGGCGAAUGGUGCUGGAGGCGCCGACGCUGCUGACCAUGAGUCCGGACGCACUACCGCGGAGAGCGACUGAACUGGCAGACGCACUGGGUAGCGGCGGUGGGGCAGAAGCGGGGCUGGUGACAGGGGCGCUGGAGGCGCUGCGCGCCUGCCCUCAGCUGCUGGUGCUGCCGCGCUCGGAGCUGCGGUACCGGGUGCAGCAACUGGGCUGGGCGCUGGAGCUGGCGCCGGAGGCGGUGCGGGGGCUGGUGCUGUCGCGGCCCGAGGUGGUGUUGCUGGGGGUGCAGGAGGCGCGCGAGGUGCUGGCGCGGACACGCGUCGUGGAGGCGGGGGCAGCAGCUUGUGCAGAGGUGGGAGAGUCGCGGCGGGUGGGGGCUGGUGUGGUGCAGGCACGCGAUGGGCCGGAGGCAACGGCGGAGGUGCGGGUGGACUCGCAGGCGGCAGGGGAGAGGGCGGGAGAGGGCACGGGGCGGCGGCCGGCUGGGGCGCGGGUGCGGGGGGCACGUGCUGCUGGUUUGAGGCGGGGGGCAGCGCAAUGAGGCGCCGUGUUUGGAAGUGUGGAGGUGCUCGAGUAGGGAGGUGGAUAGGUAGCUGUGGACAGACAAGGGGGUGUCAGCUUGUACAGCUGGAGAAUGGCCUGAAUGGGCUGAGCCCCUUGUAGAGCAAGGGAUGUGACGAUGGUCGAUGAGUACCGGUGACAUGAACACAGCGCCCUUACCGUGCCAAGG